AUGGACGAACGAGCGAGGAUUUCCGUGGCGCUCCCACGCAAGAACCCAAACCGCAGCUACUGGCAAGACCCUCCCGAUGACAUAGCCGAUCUGAAGACGACGCAACACGUGCCGGAGAGGGCUGACAUCGUCAUCAUCGGGAGCGGCAUUACCGGCGCCGCCGUCGCCUGGAAUCUGCUGCAGGAUGGCAGCAGCAGCAGCUCCUCCCUAAGCGUUGUAAUGCUCGAGGCGCGGCAGGCUUGUUCCGGCGCGACAGGACGCAACGGUGGGCACACGAAAGCGGCCAGCUACCGGUCCUUUCUCGAGAAUGCUGCCGCCCUGGGCACCGCUGCCGCGGCGAAGAUAGCGCGCCUCGAGCUCGCCAACAUUAAUGCCAUGCAUUCCUUCGCUGCAGAGCACUCGAUCCCAUGUGACUCCAACCCAUGCCAGACCGUGGAUAUCAUUUACGAUGAGCCGCACUGGCGCGAAGCACAUCAGGCCGUCGAGGCAAUGCGUCUCGCCCUUGGACCAGACGACCCUGCGGCUGAGUACGCCUUCCACGACAAGGAGGAGGUAAAGGCGCGAUUCUACUGCGCGGGCACCGACCCAGAGCCGGUCGGGGCCAUUAGUUAUGCUGCGGGGAGUAUCUCGGGAUAUCAGUUCGGCAUAGGCGUUUUGAAACUGGCUUUGCAGAAGGGUCUGAACCUGCAGACGAACACGCCGGCUGUAGGUCUGAAGCAGUGUUCCGACGGUAGUGGUAGAUGGGAAGUUAGCACUCCUCGCGGACACAUUAUUGCGGAAAAGGUUCUUCUCGCCACGAAUGGCUACUCGGCCUAUCUAUGGAAGGCGUUUCAAGGUGCUAUUGUGCCCUUGCGUGGACAGGUCACCGCCCACCGCCCUGGGAGCAACAUGCCAGGGGAUGGACUGCCUACGACGUACUCGUUCAUCUACGAGAACGGAUAUGAGUACAUGAUCCCUCGCCCCCCUGGAUCCAAACAUGCUGGCGACAUUGUAAUCGGCGGCGGGCUAGUCAAGGCGCCUCAGGAGGGUCUCUUUGAAUACGGUACAACAGAUGACACUUCGCUCAACGAGGACAUAAGCGCGUACUUACGCGAUUCCACGGCGCGUUGCUUUGGAAAGAACUGGGGCGAAGACCACCCCGACGGCAGGAUCAGGAGAGAGUGGACGGGGAUCAUGGGCUACAGCCCUGAUGGCUUCCCAUUCGUCGGUGAGAUGCCCGGGUCAAGGGGGCUCUGGGCAAGCUGCAGUUUCCAAGGACACGGCAUGGUGCUCUGCUGGAUGUGUGCACGUGCGAUGGUGAAGAUGAUGCGUGCCGAUGGAGAUCUGGACAGUUGGUUCCCCCGGGCAUUUGUGAUCUCCGAGGAGAGGCUUGGCAAGCGAUUCCGAGGCCGGCUGCACACGUCCGCUGCCGUGGAGGAUCAUCAGCAGGCCUGA